AUGGCCCGAGCAGCAGCUUUGAAGUCCCUCAGAUUAAACCCGAGAGCUCUGAGCAGCUGGCGUCACGCUCAACUUCUCCUGGAGUCCAACCCAAUCAACAAGACCAACGAGAUCAACGGGACCAACAAGACCAACGAGAUCAACGAGACCAACAAGACCAACAAGAUCAACGAGAUCAACGAGAUCAACAAGACCAACGAGAUCAACGGGACCAACAAGACCAACGAGAUCAACGGGACCAACAAGACCAACGAGACCAACGAGAUCAACGGGACCAACAAGACCAACGAGAUCAACGAGAUCAACAAGACCAAAGAGAACAACAAGACCAACGAGAUCAACAAGACCAACGAGAUCAACAAGACCAACGAGAUCAACAAGACCAACGAGAUCAACAAGACCAACGAGAUCAACAAGACCAACGAGAUCAACGAGAUCAACAAGACCAACGAGAUCAACAAGACCAACGAGAUCAACAAGACCAACGAGAUCAACAAGACCAACGAGAUCAACGAGAUCAACGGGACCAACAAGACCAACGAGACCAACGGGACCAACGGGACCAACGAGACCAACAAGACCAACGAGAUCAACGAGAUCAACAAGACCCACGAGAUCAACAAGACCAACGAGAUCAACAAGACCAACAAGACCAACGAGACCAACAAGACCAACGAGACCAACGGGACCAACGAGACCAACGAGAUCAACAAGACCAACGAGAUCAACAAGACCAACGAGAUCAACAAGACCAACGAGAUCAACGAGAUCAACGGGACCAACAAGACCAACGAGACCAACAAGAUCAACGGGACCAACAAGACCAACAAGACCAACAAGAUCAAUGAGACCAACAAGACCAUCGAGACCAACGAUAUCAAAGGGACCAAUGAGACCAACAGUACCAACGGGUCCAACGAGACAAACAAUAUCAACGAGACCAACGAGACCAUCAAGACCAAUGAGACCAGACUUAGAACAGGCUUGUCAGACAUUGUCGAAGCUAAACUCACACGCUACAGCUUUGGGGAUUUGUUAAAGAGAAUCCUGGUAAAAUACUAG